AUGCCGAUGAGAGCGGACAACGGAGCGCACGUCCGAGCCAGCCGGCUGGGUCGCGCCGAGGCCGGCCGCUGUCCGGUCUGUGGGGCCUGCCCCACUCCCCACAGGAGGGAGCGCGUGCGUCUGAGCCAGCCGGCAGGGUCGCACCGGGGCCGGCCAAUGGCCGGUCUGCGGGGCCUGCCCCGCUCCCCACAGGACGACGCGCGCGGGUCUGGGCCAGCCGGCUGGGUCGUGCCGGGGCUGGCCGCUGUCCGGUCUGUGUGGCCUGCCCCGCUCCCCAGAGAACGGUGCGCGCGCUUCCGAGCCGAGCCAUCCGACUGGGUCGCGCCGGGCCGGCCGCUGUCCGGUCUGUGGGGCCUGCCCCGCUCCCCACACGACAGAGAGUGCGCGUCUGAGCCAGCCGGCUGGGUCGCGCCGGGGACGGAGGGCGCGUGUCCGAGCCAGCCAGCUGGGUCGCGCCGGGGCCGGCCACUUGCCGGUCUGUGGGGCCUGCCCCACUCCCCACAGGACGGAGCGCGCGUGUCCGAGCCAGCCGGCUGGGUCGCGCCGGGGCGGCCACUUGCUGGUCUGUGGGGCCUGCCCCGCUCCCCACAGGACGGAGCGCGCGUGUCCGAGCCAGCCAGCUGGGUCGCGCCGGGGCCGGCCACUUGCCGGUCUGUGGGGCCUGCCCCGCUCCCCACAGGACGGAGCGCGCGCGUCCGAGCCAGCCGGCUGGGUAGCGCCGGGACCGGCCGCUGGCCAGUCUGUGGGGCCUGCCCAGCUCCCCAAGAGACGGAGAGCGCAAAUCCGAUCCAGCCGGCUGGGUCGCGCUGGGGCCGGCCGCUGUACGGUCUGUGGGGCCUGCCCCGCUCCCCACAGGACGGAGCGCGCGUGUCCGAGCCAGCCGGCUGGGUCGCGCCGGGGCCAAACACUUGCCGGUCUGUGGGGCCUGCCCCGCUCCCCACAGGACGGAGCGCGCGCGUCCGAGCCAGCCGGAUGGGUAGCGCCAGGGCCGGCCGCUGGCCAGUCUGUGGGGCCUGCCCCGCUCCCCACAGGACGGAGCGCGCGUCCGAGCCUGCUGUCUGUGUCGCGCGGGGGCUGGCCGCGUGCCGGUCUGUGGGGCCUGCCCCACUCCCUAAAGGACGGAGCGCGCGCGUCCGAGCCAGCCGGCUGGCUUGCGCCGGGGCCGGCCGCUGUCUGGUUUGUGGGGCCUGCCAUGCUCCCCACAGGACGGAGUGCGCGCAUCCGAGCCAGCUGGCUGUGUCGCGCUGGGGCCGGCCGCUGUCUGGUCUGUGGGGCCUGCCCCGCUACCCACAUGACGGAGCGCGCGUGUCCGAGCCAGCCGGCUGGGUCAUGCCGGGGCCGGCUGCUGGCCGGUCUGUGGGGCCUACCCCGCUCCCCACAGGACAGAGCGCGCACGUCCGACCCAGCCGGCUGUGUUGCGCCGGGGCCGGCCGCUGUCCGGUCUGUGGGGCCUACCCCGCUCCCCACAAGACACAGCGCGCGCGUCCGAACCAGCCGGCUGGGUCGCGCCGGGGCCGGCCAAUUGCCUGUCUGUGGGGCCUGCCCCGCUCCCCACAGGACGGAGUGCGCGCGUCCGAGCCAGCCGGCUGGGUAGCGCCGGGACCGGCCGCUGGCCGGUCUGUGGGGCCUGCCCCGCUCCCCACAGGAGGGAGCACGUGCGUCCGAGCCAGCCGGCAGUGUCGCACCGGGGCCGGCCAAUGUACGGUCUGUGGGGCCUGCCCCGCUCCCACAGGACGGAGCGCGCUUGUCCGAGCCAGCCAGCUGGGUCGCGCCGGGGCCAGCCACUUGCCGGUCUGUGGGGCCUGCCCCGCUCCCCACAGGACGGAGCGCGCGUGUCCGAGCCAGCCGGCUGGGUCGCGCCGGGGCCGGCCACUUGCCGGUCUGUGGGGCCUGCCCCGCUCCCCACAGGACGGAGCGCACGUGUCCGAGCCAGCCAGCUGGGUCGCGCCGGGGCCGGCCACUUGCCGGUCUGUGGGGCCUGCCCCGCUCCCCACAGGACGGAGCACGCGCGUCCGAGCUAGCCGGAUGGGUAGCGCCGGGGCCGGCCGCUGUCCGGUCUCUGUGGCCUACCCCGCUCCCCACAGGACGGAGCGCGUGCGUCCAAGCCAGCCGGCUGGGUCGUGCCGGGGCCGGCCGCUGUCCGGUCUGUGGGGCCUGCCCUCCUCCCCACAGGACGGAGCGCGCGUGUCCGAGCCAGCCGGCUGGGUCGCGCUGGGACAGGCCGCUUGCCGGUCUGUGGGGCCUGUCCCGCUCCCUACAGGACGGAGCACGCGCGUCCGAGCUUGCCGGCUGGGUUGCGCCUGGGCCGGCCGCAGCCCGGUCUGUGGGGCCUGCCCCGCUCCCCAAGAGACGGAGAGCGCGCGUCCGAGCCAGCCGGCUGGUUUGCGCCGGGGCCGGCCGCUGGCCGGUCUGUGGGACCUGCCCCGCUCCCCACAGGACGGAGCACGCGCGGCCGAGCCAGCCGGCUGGGUUGCGCCGGGGCCGGCCGCUGUGCGAUCUGUGGGGCAUGCCCCACUCCCCACAGGACGGAGCGCGCGAUACCGAGCCGGCCGGCUGGGUCGCGUCGGGGCCGGCCGCUUGCCGGUCUGUGGGGCCUGCCCCGCUCCGUACAGGACGGAGCGCCCGCGUCCGAGCCAGCCGGCUGGGUUGCGCCGGGGCCGGCCGCUGACCGGUCUGUGGGGCCUGCCCCGCUCCCCACAGGAUGGAGCGCGUGCGUCCAAGUCAGCCGGCUGGGUGGCACUAGGGCCGGCCGCUGUCCGGUCUGUGGGGCCUGCCCCGCUCCCCAAGAGAGGGAGCAAGCGCGUCCGAGCCAGCCGUGUGUGUCGCGCCGGGGCCGGCCGCUGUCCGGUCUGUGGGGCCUGCCCCUCUCCCCAAGACACGAAGCACACGUGUCCGAGCCAGCCGGCUGGGUCGCGCCAGUGCCGGCAGCUGUCCGGUCUUUGGUUCCUGCCCGCCCCCCACAGGACGGCGCGCGCGCGUCCGAGCCAGCCGGAUGGGUUGCGCCGGGUCCGGCUGCUGCCCGGUCUGUGGGGCCUGCCCCGCUCCCCACAGGACGGAGCGCGCGCGUCCGAGCCAGCCGGCUGGGUAGCGCCGGGGCCGGCCAUUUGCCAGUCUGUGGGGCCUGCCCCGCUCUCCACAGGACGGAGCACGCGUCCGAGCCAGCUGGCUGUGUCGCGCUGGGGCCGGCCGCUGGCCGGUCUGUGGGGCCUGCCCCGCUCCCCACAGGUCGGAGCGCACGUGUCCAAGCCAGCCGACUGGGUCGCGCCGGGGCCGGCCACUUGCCGGUCAGUGGGGCCUGUCCCGCUCCCCACAUGA